AUGGCAAUGUUUUCUAUACUGCUCAUUUGCAUCUGUACUGUUGAAGUAAUAUUAGGUUCAACAACUCCAAUAACACCAUCGGCGUAUGCUAAGGUGCUGAAACAAGGAUUUUCCACAAAGUAUUUCAAUACUCUAAAUUUUGACAAUGUCUAUGAUAAGCAAAAUGUUAAGGAUGUUUACGCUAAAGGAUUCAGGAACUUAAGAAUACCAUGCACAGCUAAUCUUGAGGGUUUGAACAUGACAGUAUUGUUAACCAAUUUAGAGACAGUUGUAGACGAUUGUCUUGACGUUGGUGUCACACCUGUCAUUUCUUGGGUCUAUACUGAAAUGGAAGGCAAUGCCUCGGCAGCAAAUCAACAGGACUAUUUGCAAUGGUGGACAGAUGUUGCUACACAAUUGAAGGACAAAGACUAUGGACUUUCUUUUAGCUUAUUUGCCGAUUGGACUGAAGCAGCAGUAAAGAUAAUUCGUAAUUCUGGUGGAAACAAUAAGAACCGAGUUGUAAUGCUAGCAUCACCCAUCAAAGAUGAUGACUAUGUCAUGGUGGAAACUAAUACAUAUGCUUCUGGACCACAAAAUCAAUAUGAAGAUGAAAAAUGUUCUAGCUCUCCACCUAGAUGUUGGGAAGAUGAUGGCAUAAAAAUUGGCAAAGUAAUUGUAGAUAAAAAUAUCGAUAAUGCAACCAAUAAUAAAACAACUUCAGGGCUUCCAGUUUACUGGGGAGCUUGGUCAGCAGUCGACAAUAAAAGUGGAACCUUAAACCAGACGGAAGUAAUUGAUUUUUGCAAAUAUUUUGUAAAUGCACUUAAAACAGAAGCAAUUCCUUGGUCCUUGAAUUACCUCGACCUGUUCUAUGAUACAUCGAAAAGCACGUGGUUAACAGGGCUACAGACGGUCAAAGAUCAACAAUUUAAUAUGUCACUUAUAUUGGAUGCGAUUGUCACAAAUCUGUAA